AGAAAUUUCAUAUUAUAUGUUUGGGGUCCAAUAAUAUCAUACACAAGUGUGUGUAUAUAUAUACAAUUUAUUAUACAAGAUUACCAUAACAGAAAUAUCAAGUGUUCCCUAAACGGUAUAGCCAUGGUUCCUACUUCGAAUUUAAGCAUCAGAUCAAUUAAAUCCAUUAGUUUACCAGGUAGAUCGCAUCCGCUCACUUUGGAGAUUGAUGAACUGCUCAACAAAAUCAAAACAACAGCAGCAGAAGCAGUAUCUGCAGGUGCAAUCUGUAGUGGUUUAUCCCAGCUUUCAAGAUUGUACAAAUGCAUGGAUGAUCUUCUGACUUCAUCAACCACCCAAGUUAUGAUGUCUUGUGAACAAAACAAGAAAUGGGUCGACGAGCUCGUAGACGAAUCCGUGAAGUUCUUGGAUGUGUGUGGCGGCAUAAGUGAUAUGAUAUCAGAAAUCAAAGGGCAUUAUAAAGAUCUUCUUUGUUCUUUAAGGAGGAGAAAAGGAGAGUUGAGUGUUGAAAACAGCAUCAUGAAAUACAGUUGUUUCAGAAAGAAAAUGAAGAAAGACAUUAAAAGGUUGACUGGAAGUUUGAAGCAAAUUGAUAUCAUCAUUAACGGUGGUGGUGGUGGUUCAAUGGUGGUUAAAUCAGAAUCAGAUAACCACCAGCUUGCAGCAGUGAUCAAGGCAGUAAUAGGAGUUUCUGAAGUGACCGUUUUGGUUUUUGAGUCUUUGUUGAUGUUCAUCUGCGCGCCGGUUUCGAAGCCUAAAAAAUGGUCACUUGGGGUGUCAAAGUUGAUGCACAAAGGGAGUGUGGCUUGUGAAGAUCAACAAGAAAAUGGGGAUGCAAAUGAAUUUGAAAGAACUGGUGCCGCAUUGAGAAUAUUACAUAAAAACGGAUUUUCGAGUGGGAUGAGAAAUGUGCAGAUUGUGCAUUGUUGGUUGGAGAGAUUUGGAGCUCAGAUUGAAAGCAUGGAGGGUGGCUUAGAGUGCAUUUUUAGGUGCUUGGUUCAGACCAGAGUUUCACUUCUUAAUAUCAUCUCCCUGUAAAAAUCAAGUCAUCUGUUUAGUUAAUAAGUGUAUUAUAGAAUCUGUUCAAUAGGACAUCUACAUUGACUAUAAUUUGUAGUUAUGCAAGUAUAGAUAUGAAAAUCCGUUUAGACUGAUACUUAAUUUAGUCAGAUAAAAGCUUAAUGAACC